GGGGACUUUUAUUUUGGAGGGGAGAUAUGACAUCAUAAGACUGUGCCUCCUCCUGCUCUGUUCUGGCUGAAGAAAAGAUAAUCAUCCACAUGACACACUAUUAUAAAGAUGUCGUUUAUUAAAGAGGAGAGUGAAGACAUUAGGAUUACAGAAGUGUUCAGUAUCAAACAUGAAGAUACUGAGGAACAAACAGAGCUGAUUGAAGAUAACCAGGAGAGUGAAGAAUCAAGUGAAGUUGAGGAGACAAAUCAUGUCAAAACCAGAGAAAAACCUUUGAGUUGCCCUCAAACCAAACAGAAAGAUUUAAAGAAAAGAAGAGCCAAGAAAUCUUUCACCUGCACUCAGUGUGGAAAGAGUUUCACCCUCAAAUAUAAUCUUGAUAUUCACAUGAGACUUCAUACUGGAGAGAAACCAUACACAUGUGAUCAGUGCGGGAAGAGUUUUACAAGAUCAGAAAAACUUAAGGGUCACAUGAACAUCCACACUGGAGAGAAACCUUACAAGUGUUUACACUGUGACAAGAGAUUCAGUCUGUCAGGAUACCUGAAAACACAUGAAAGGAUCCACACUGGAGAGAAACUGUCCACAUGUGAUCAGUGCGGGAAGAGUUUUUCGCGAAAAGAAUGCCUUGCAGAGCACAUGAGAGUUCAUACUGGAGAGAAACCAUUCUCUUGUGAUCAUUGUGGGAAGAGAUUUACACAAUCAUCAAACCUUAAGAGACACAUGAACAUCCACACAAGAGAGAAACUGUACUCAUGUGAUCAGUGCGGGCAAACAUUUUUGUGGGCUUUAGUCCUGAAGAAACACCUGACGGUUCAUACACAGGAGAAGCCAUAUUCGUGUGAUUUGUGUGGAAAGAGUUUUACAUUGCUACAAAGUUUGAAACAACAUCAGAAACUUCAUACUGGUGUGAAAGAGUACAUGUGCUUUGAGUGUGAAAAGACUUUUAUUUCAGCGGACCGUUUAAAACAGCAUGAGAUGAUUCACACUGGAGAGAAACCUUACAAGUGUUCACACUGUGACAAGAGAUUCAAUCAGUCAGGACACCUGAAAAGACAUGAGAUGAUUCACACUAGAGAGAAAACGUACAAGUGUUCACACUGUGACAAGAGAUUCAGUCUGUCAGGACACCUGAAAACACAUGAAAGGUUCCACACUGGAGAGAAACUGUGUGAUCAGUGCGGGAAGAGUUUUACGCAAAAGAAUGCCUUAAAGAGCACAUGA